AGGAAUAAUUUACAAGGCCGAAACACUCGAGUGGCAGUCGUUCUCAUUCAGAGAAAUGCCCCAAUUCCCCCAGGUAAUUUUUAGAUAUUUGAAAUUUUUUUCUGUGUCGACCAUAACUAAUUGACUCAAAAUGACCACAGUUAGUUUAAAAAAUAUUUUUGUUCAAUAUUCAGGUGAAGAUACGCAAGUGUCAGAAAGGGUUGCUGCGCUCUGCAGUGCUUGUGAUUUGUCAGCCAAAUCUCUUUUUGUCUUGCCAUUUACCGACCAUAUGGCAAAUUUAAAUGGAUAUACUACAAGGUAUUUUGUUUAAUCAGUAAACAAAGAUGCACCAUCCUAUGUUGUUUUAUUCUGAGGGUCUCCCAGGGGAGUCUGUGCUUCUGUGUUUCCAUAGAAAGUUGGGGCUUAGAAGGGGCCAAAGUCAACAAUGUGACAUGUGCAUGUAGUGUACAUAUGUAUCAGUAUAUUAAUGAAUUAUGACUGUACAAUUCAUCCAAUUUUGCCCUUUGCAUGUCACGUGAGAGUGACGAAAUUAGGCUGUCUCCCUCGCAACAGCGCGAGAGGGAGAUAAUACGUUAUCGACCGGCGAAUAAAAAAAUCACAUGCGCCAUAACGUGAAGAUGCGACCUUUGGCCAUGCCUAGUACGUAAUUAAAACUUUCGCUUUAAGUAACUGCAGUGUAGCCAGUGUUUAAUAUAACGUUUUAACAAUAAAAUAUUUCAUGUAUUUACGUUCAUUUGUUCUUUAAUUUGUUGUUUCUUUGACUAUUGAUAUAUAAUAAAACACUUAUUUACUGAGACCUCGGGAAAGCAGUGUGUUUUGUGGACCCUCGACCGUCUAUGUUUCCCUCAGCUUCGCCUCGGGAAACAUCAACAGUCUCGGGUCCACAAAACACACUGUUUCUCUCGGUCUCAGUAAAUAAGUGAUAAUUAAUGGUUGUUUUUUAACCAUUAAUCGGUUUUAUUGAUAUUAAUUAACAUUAUGGUGAUUAUACUGUAGUUUUACCAUGAAUGAUAUGGAUUGGUUUGUUCUAUAUUACAUCAUGGUCAUUAUCAUUUUUAACCCUUUAAAUGGCAAUGCACCCUGAUGCGCCCUACUUUAGUAUUUUACUCUGACUGUCUAAUGGCAGACAAUUUUACUCGUCACGUGAAGAGUGCUGCCACUCAAUGGGUUAACAUGAAUGAUAGGAAUGGGUUUUAUAUAUAUAUUACAUAAUGUUAAUUGCUGUGAAUAUUGCCAACAAAAUGUAAGUCUAAAAAAGUGAACCUGUAGAAAUUACCCUUUUGCACCGUAAACACCCAAACUUCAUUACCUCUGUGGAAGUUUAGAAUGCAUUGUAAUCGUACGAGCGUAUUAAAACUGCUUAAAUUGUACAUGAAAUUCUAAUUGAAAGUUGAAACGAUUCAACUGACUGCAGAGCAAAGAGUUUUUACUGUUUUACGCGCUGUGUUAAAUUAGUCAGCAUAAAAUUAUACUCGUAUGUUGAACGAUACCAACAACUUUUAAACAACUUCCCAUGCAUAAAAUUUCAUUUCAAUUGGAUUCAGUAUAGGACUCGGGCAUUCAAAUUAUAACAAUAAGGUGAAUUUCUAAAUUCACAUUUUUGAGACACCCUGUAUAUUGGUGGUAUUUAAACGGAACCCAUUAAUGAUACCAUUAAUGUGAAUUCCUACAGUUUGUAGAAGAAAAAACAUCGAUAGAAAUUGCGUACACUAUUAUUUUCACAUCAAUGAAUUUCAAUAUUUUUUUUCCUGUGACCUCUAGGAGACCCUCUCUAUUCUGUUUAACACAUGUAAAAUCUAUGUUUAACACAUGUGAUUCUAUUUUUCUGUUUUUUUCUAAGACUGGAAAAUGCAUUUCAUGAACUAGCUCAAAAUUACUACCAGGGAGAAGCAAAGAGGGUCAAAUCACACAAGGUAUAUUAUAAUAUUAUAUUACAAAUGCUGCAUGUAUUCUAUUUUAAUACUAAUAAUUUUUUGAAACGCACUUUUAAAAAUUGUACACAUGUGUUUAACAUACUUACUUGAUGUUUCCGUUCUUUUCAGGAAUUCCUGAACAAAUCUUUACAUCAGGUAAAUAUUUGCAUGUCACGUAUUUACGAUGAAAAGUUUUGAAAAUCGAAAAUGUUUUAGGUGUAUCUCUCAAAAAUGCUUUGUUUUAGCUUUAUUCCUAGUUUAUAUACAGUUGUAUAGCUACCUUUUUAAAUGCAUUUGCCGCUUGAGAAACAUAAAAUAAUUAUGGUAAAAUGUUGGCAAUUAAAAUACAAUUAAAAUGAUGCGUGGUUUAAAAGUGACGCCAUCUGACUUACUGUUCAGCAAUAUAAGCAAAACGUACUGAAUUCCAGACAUAAUUUUCUCUUUGGCGUACCAUCUAAAAUCUCUUCAUUUUAGCAUUAUUUUACAGAUAAAGCACUAAACAUACUUUUACAACACUACAGCUGUAAUUUGUGUCGUUUAUAACGCAUUUAUGGUCAUCACCACUCCACAAAGCUCUGAACAGAAUAUUAACUAAAUUACAGUAAAGUCACUUUACUCAAUGAGUUAAAGCUACACAUGUAUGGCAGUACAAAAUAUCUAUGCGGUUAUUUAAUUAGCCUGUUUUAAAUAGCUAAGGACCAUGCUGACAACAAUAUUUUUUACUUGUAUUUCAGCAAUUUUUUGUUCGUCAUCAGUUCAAGAUCGCGUUCUUCUCGGAAAUGCGACAAGAUUCUCAUUCAGCACUAAAGUAAGAAGUCAAAAUAAAAUAAUGAGAUUGCCUCAUUCAAUCUCACUCUUUGUUUUAUGUUUUAUCUAUCAGAAAAGACAGAAAUUUCAUUGUACAAUUGCUUCGUAUCAGGGGCGGAUCUAGCCUCGUUUGCAAGGAGGGGUGCAGGUUUUCCAUGGGGUGGUGCAUAAGGGAACCUUACUGCCCACUCUCCUCUGCAGUCUGCAACGCUACCAUCCCAACAGUACUAUUAGUUGAGAUGGCCGAAUCUGCAUGUUCGCUGUUCUGUUACAUUUUACAUUAUCUUUUGUUUAUAUCGACUUUUUAUCACGUAUGCGUGACUGGACAGUUGCUGUAGCACAAUACAGAAAAUUUGCUUGUUAAAGUACAGUAUAUUUGAAAAUAUGGCUGUAUAACAACCUCGAUAUGUUCACAUAUUUAAUCAUGAUAUUUAACUAAAGCAUUCUGAGUAUUUUCUCGAGCAUAAAUCAAUUAAAUCGUUUCAAGAAAUCGACACGCGCUAACAGUAGAAGUUCCGCUAAUCGCUAUUCAAAAAGUAGAAAAUGUAUGGUCAGGCAGAUCUUUUUAGGAUGGUGCUGGACUUCUCUAGGGGGAUGCUAGACACCACGGGGAGGCAGCCCCCUGCACCCCACUGUAGAUCCACCCCUGGCUUCGUGUACAUCUAUAUAUGGUUUAAUUCCCGAAGGUUACAACAUAAGAUUUUGUGCACUACAUCUGUUUUGAUGCACAUUUUAUGUAGACAUUACAAGCAAGCUUACUCUUUGCUCACUGAAAUUAAACAGAAUGAAAUGAACAUAUUGGAGAUUAAAAUUGUGGCUGGAUUUAUUAAUUAUAAGGUAAGAAUUAAGGCAGAGUAAGAAAGAAGGGUUUUGAUGGAAGGAGGGAGGUUAAAGAAUCGAUGGAAGAAUUUCUUCAUUUCCAUGUUAAAAUGUUUUUUAUUUAAAUAAAUUUAUUUAGAUAUGUCAUCUAAGUUUUCGUCUCAGCGCUCCACUUGACGCCAUCUCACAUUUCCGGAAACACAUUGACUUUUUCAAAGAGAGAGCUGGGAACCCAGAGCUGGCAUUUGAACAUCUUGCCUGGCUAUCAAAACAGUGAGUUCAUGUAAUUGUAACUAUUGUUUAGGGUCAAUGUUAUUUAUGGCGGGGGUUUGGCUCCGAAGAGAAAUGUUUUCUUGGUAAAAAUGUUGCUGAUCCAACCAUUAAAAAGACAGAAUUUUUCUUUACCCAACCUCGAAUAUCAAAUAAAAAAUAAAUACCCACCCCUGGCCAAAAACUUUACAAAAGGUACCAUUCAGUUGUCACAGAUGUCCUUUACCACUUCUGUGACGUGAGUUUGAUAACUGCUUGUGCAAUAUUCAGCAGUGUAAAAUUUCAUGUUGUUUCAACAUGUACUUUCUUUGGACACAGCAUUUGCCUCCACACAAAUCAGAAAAUGACCAAGAUUGUGACUCUGAUUGAUUCUCAUAUUGCAUGUAUUCAAAUGCAUACAUGAUGUAUUGAUGUUGACAUUUAAGAAAUAGAAAACAUUUUCCGUGUUUCUAUAGAGUUAUAGAAACACGCGUGAAAGUUUGGGAGAAACGAGAAAUUGCGUGGGAACACGAGCACGAAGUGCGAGUGUUUCCACGCAAUUUCGAGUUUCUCCCAAACUUUCACAAGUGUUUCUAUAAACUCUAUAGGAACACGGAAAAAAUGUUUUCUAUUUCCUUUAUUAAAUAACCUUUUAAAAACAAUAGAAAAGAUAAAUUUAUUGAUUUUAAUUGCUUUCAUUCAAAUAUUAAUUCCACCUUAAUAUACGUUCGUGCAUGCAAAGAAUAAUUAUAAAGGCAUGGGCCAUGGCGAAGAAAACAAGUAUAUCGCUGUCAAAACAACAGACAGCACUUAACAGGCUUACUUUACUAAAGUAUGUAAUUCACUCAACAAUGUACGUGCUUGCAUGCAAAGAAAGCACUGAUUCAAAUAGGUAGUGAACGUUUAAACAUGAUUAAAAACGAUAGUAAACAUGAUUAAAAACUUCGCGAGGAAAUAUUUUAAAAAGACAAAGUAAAAUUAAAAUAUCUUACCUUGGUAAACAGUCAAACAAAUACAACGUGUGCUAUAUACUUUGUGAUUUAGGUCUUCGCUUUCGAAGUAGCAAAGUGUUGCCUUUAUUUGUAACGGUUCUUCGGCGUUUUCGUUUUCAAUAUUAAAUAUUGUUUAUAUUUUGUCUUUUAAACUCCCGCGCAAUCCACGUAACCCGCGUGAAAAUUCCCCGUGUUUCUAUCGAGUUAUAGAAACACGUGUUUUUUGAGCUUUUGACCAAUCAGCGCCCGUGUUUUUAAAAGGCUAUUUUCUAAUGCUUUUUAGUCUUCAAUAUUUGAGUGAGUCAUGCUUUGGAAAUGACAAUGAUGUUUUAUUACCCAACCCUUGGCUAUUGUUUAUUUUCAUUGACCAAACCUUUUACUCACUCAAAAUUUUGUUUACCCAACCCUUUUCUCUUUGGUGUCCCCGCCGCCAUAAAUUAUGAUCGCGGUCUCUUAGUAUAAUAAAAAAUGGAAGCAAUGGCUGCAAAUUUUGAUAUUUAACAUUUUUAUUUAAUAUAAUUUUUCACGUUUAGAUUUAGUGUAUUUGGUGAUCUAUUCGACGAGGCCAUUAAAAAUGGACUUACGGCUAUCCAGGUAAUUUUUAUUCAAGGUUUUAGCCAUGACAGGAUGACAAGAAGCGGGAAAUGUUCCCGCCAAAAGUACGGCGCUUGUGAGGAAGGUUUCUGGUUGGUUACAUGACGAAUAAGAAGUAAUUUGAUUGGCUACGUGUAAUACUGGAAGCGAUCUAGAUUCUGUAAUGCAGUUUCGCUUGAAAUGGGAGAAUUCAUUUCAUGCCAUUUGAGAGUAUAUUGUUUCAUCUUAAUUAUCAUUAUUUAGACGCAACAUCCAGGAUUUUAUUACCAACAAUCCGCAAAUCACUCUGUUAUAAGAAGACAACUUUCCGAAGGCUUGUGUCAUCACAUCGUAAGUUUUAAAAGGCGACAAUCCGCUUUGAUCAAGUUAAAACAGUUCGACUUACCAUUCGUCCGUGUUUAAAUGCUGUUCUAAUUCGUUUAUUCAAAUGAAACUGCGUCUGUCUAUGCGUAUAGUUUUGACUACGUACUGUACGAGUACGAGAUUUUUGCCGUCAAAAGCAUAGCCAACUUCAGAUGGUUGGCUCUAUUUUUGGCGGGAAAAAUCUCGUAUACUCGACUACUCAUAUACUGCUAUACUCGUAUAUAGUCGAAACUAAACCUCAGAAUAAUAUCAGGCAUAAUUUGCUCCCGGAAACAUUGAUAUAGAUCGCACUAUCGUAGCUAGUUGGUCUGGCAAUUUGAGAGUUUACAAGUGAGAGUUUGCAUGAGAGUUUUUUCAACUCGCAUGCCCCGGUCGAGAACAAGAGUUGCUUGAGAGUUGACUGGAUAUUACUGCGCGCGCGUGGCGAGAACUCUCUCAGCUCCCGUAAUAGUUGUAAACACAACAGUAUUUACAAGCUUUUAGUAAUUUUUUCAUUAGAAAUUGUCUUAAAGAACACCUCUACACACUGUUCAACAAAACUUUGUAGCUUUCUUCGUGUUUGGCGAAACUGCAACUUCGUUUGGUACACAAACUGGCUCGUCUGUAACUGAUAAUUAGCUUUUACCGCUUUUUUACAUGCACAACUGCCCCCCAGGGCCGCCGAGAGAGGGGGAGGAGGGCAAACUGCCCCGGGCCCCCACCUUAAUAGGGCCCCAACAUGAGAGCGAGAGCCUAAAAUUGAGUAGGUUCUUUAAAUUGGUCAGAGCAUUUUUGAAAUUGAGGGCCCCUUACAGUAACUCCACAUGCAGUCUAUCUAGCUAAGGUCUAGUUUGGUCUAGCUUAAAAAUAAUGAUGUCAAGGGGCUCCCAGGGAAGAUUUGCCCCGGGCCCAGCGAAUUCUGCCGGCCCCUGUAAUAUAUAAAUCCCAACAGUCAAUAAUGUUUCAUUACCUUAAGACUAUGCUUUUAUUUCUUAGCCUCCAGACACGGUAUCAUUCAAUCCCUUAGAGCAAGCGGGAAAUUUGGAAUAUUUUGGUCAAAGACCGUGGAGGCAGCAACAUCAAGGUACAAUGGGGUAUAUAUUGGUAUAUCUUCGGAUUAUACUAUCACGGUGUCCCAUGUUGACCCGCAGUAACACUCUGUAUUUCAGGCGAUAAACCACCUGACCAAGCAAAAGAAAAUAGUGGAAUCUUAGCUCUUCAAGCGCAAGAAACGAUGGUCGAUCACUGU